CGCCUGUUACAAACAUCCUCAGUAGGUAACUUGUAGAACACCUUUGAGCGCCACCAUAUUGUUGCUAAGGACUGUAAGGUUUACUUGUCGAAGUUGCGUGGAGCCGGCAGCUUGGUUUACUUGCCUCUAAGCUUCUGCUUCGGAUAUUACUUAAGGACGCUUUAGUUUGCUAUCUUCAAGAAGCUUGGUGCUUGGAGAGGCACCCUCUAUCAAUUGCUGGCUCUGUAAAACUCUGCCAACAAGGAUGGUGUACACGGCACUCACGGGAAACCAAACCGAGUUGUAUCCUCGUAUCAAGGGCCAAUAUACUACAACGAAUCAACACUUCCAUGACUCGCCUACUUCUAAAGAGCCAAAGAAGACCAGCACGUUCGGCAAGCUUUAUGAGCACAGCCCGUACUUCAUGGACAGGAAGCUGGACCCCAUUCCGGCAUCCCGUUCCGCAACUGUUGGUGGUGGAGCAACGUCAGUUAAGGUCACUGGGCAAGCUGUACCACCCCUCACUUGGAGUGGCAACUUCACCCCAGCCUACGCUGGCAACGGCACGUUCGAGCUAAACAACGGCCUUUCUUACAGCUACAAGAGCAGCAAGCCCGUGAAGCUCGUCCCCUACAACGACCUCCAAAAGACAGAGUACCAGGACCACUACAACCGCACAGCUGUAGCAUCCGAGCACCCGCGCUGGGUUUCGGGGCGAGCUCCGUACAGCGUUGAGUAUAAGUCUACGGGGCGGUUCAACGGCUCGGGGUAAGCGGUGUGCUAUCCCGCGCUUCCCUUGUACUUCGUCGGCCGCAUAGCCGCAUGGGUGCUUCCUAAAACAGCAGGCAAGCCAUGCUCGCAUUUCGGGGGAAAGAAGCGGGGAGGUUGCCAACUGCAAGGGGAGGGGGUGAUCGGGGAGUCGGCUUUUAUCCAAUCGAAGGUCUGCGACUCUGUUACAAUGCAAUGCACUGCGUUGUGAUCUUUACUGUUAAUGGCAGCCGAGGGCAUAGUGAGUUUUGAUGACUGGAAACUCGGCUGUUUGGCAAGACCAGGGCCUUUUGUUGGGGCAAAGGGGAAAAGACUGUGGGAAGACUACGGGGCUCGGCUCUUAACGUCGCAUAAGCUUGUUCCAAAUGGUAUCAUGCGGCGAACUGGCAGGGACUUUUUCGUGCACGGAUGACCUUUAAAUGUUGUAUCAAUAGGUAGGCAGAGAGGUUUUGGCACAUCUUUUGGGGGGUCUGAUCCCUUGUUGUAGAUAUUAGUGAUUGACAAUAUCCGCUUGGAUGGCAUCCUUUAUGUGUCGCAAGGUUGUUUCUUCGGCAGCAGCGUGUUGUGUUGUACGAACUGUGCCGUUGCCGUACUUGUGUGAUUCUGCGCAUUCGUACUCGCGGGCAUCCGCGAACAGCGGGGUGUUUUCGCAGGAGGUUUCUUGGGUAUGGACUUACUUGAUUUAUCAUCGGUAGGUGCAGCUCCUUAUGCCGGCAGGCAUGCUGCGGGCAGUACAGGGGUUGCAUCACGCACACAUAGUGAGAGAAGGAACCGCAGUUAUGGGCCUUGAUUUAGUUUGUAACGUCAGAUGAGCCUUGGUAAGGAAUGCGCCGA